GGGAGGGAGGUAGACUACAGCAUGUGCAGUAGGAGCUCUUCCAGUUGAGAGAGCGGUUGGUUGGGUUAAGCUCCAGCGAAGCCACCAGUGAUCCAGCCCUCAGCAGCACUACCUAGUGGACCCACGCUACCGUCUCCUCCACUCCCCGCCACCCCCCAAGCCACCGAAGGGGAAAGAAAAAAGAGAGUCGAAAAAAGAAAAAGAGCGAAGGGAACGACAAAAAAAACGAAAGACGGAGACGAUCUACCCAGAGAAGCUCAACCCCGGCUGCAGAACCAAGCGGAAAAAGAGUGUCGGAGAGGGGGAGCGUCUGACGAGAAGAAGACUGAGAAGACAAGAAGGGAGAGCGGGAGUGAUCUAAGAGCGCCAAGCUGCAGCCGGUCCAAGCCAGUGGAAUGGACCCAGGUGUCUGUAGGAUUAACCCACUCCUGCCCACCGUGCAGUCCGAGGAGGAAGGCUGAGACGACUCCGCUGCCACCAUCCGUCCUGAAUGAGGAUGAACGGAGAUGUUCUCUAGCUGAGCCGCAACACACCACCCGUUGGCCCACCCUCUCCCCUGCGCCCAGCGCUGCAACAAGGAGUCAGCCGUCGCCGCUAGCUCAGUGGCCGUGGAGGAGGAGGAGGAGAGACGGUCGCUCCCGACCACGGGCACCGACGGCGCCGUAGCCGGCGAGGAGCAGCGGAGCGCAGGAGGAGGACGGGACGCGGAGGAGGAGAGAGGGGAGGGAGAGGUGGCGGCCGGCCAGCGCAUGGCCGUGCAGAGGCUGGUGGUGGCGGCGGUGGCGGUGGCCCUGCUGUCCCUGGUCCUCAACAACGUGGCGGCCUUCACCCCCAGCUGGGUGCUGCAAGCCCUGGAGGACGGACGCAAGCGCAGCGUGGGGCUGUGGAAGAUGUGCCCCGCCGGGGGGGAGCGGGGCCGAGAGGACCCCGGGGCGGGGAAGAAGGGCCAGGGACAGUGUGCGGACCUGGGAUGGGGCUCCGAGUUCGCAGGCUACCAGGAGUCCCGCACAUCGGUGAAACUGCAGUUCGACAUGAUGCGGGCCUGUAACCUGAUGGCCACCGUGGCUCUGACGGCGGGCCAGCUCAUCUUCCUGCUGGGCCUGAUGGAGCUGCCCUUCAUCACCCAGGACUCCCAGUGGUGGGAGGAAGCCAUCGCCGCCCUCUUCCAGCUGGCCAGUUUUGUGCUGGUGAUCGGCCUGGUGACCUUCUACAGAAUCGGCCCGUACACACAUCUCUCUUACUCGUGCUACGUAGACAUCGCCGCCUGUCUGCUGGCCACCCUGGCGGCGGCGAUGCUCAUCUGGAACAUCCUGCACCGCCGAGACGACUGCCUCACGCCCCGGGUCAUCGUCAUCAGUCGCUCUCUAGCGGCGCCCUUCCACGCCCGGCGCGACAACGACUACGUGGAAUCACCCUGCUGAGGUGUGGUCCUUGAACACACACACCGCUGAGGUGUGGUCCUUGAACACACACACGCUUCACAGGCCAGAGAAAACGGACUAUGCUCUGAGCUGUGCACACAAUUUCAUUCCUAAAUAUCUGGAAGCAGGGACGCUGCUAAAAAAAGUUGGACCCCAUGAAGAGAUUCCAUUUUGGUUCCCCCUCCCUCCCCAUUUUGGUUGUCAGUUUUUUCCUUCAAGUUCACCCCCCCCACCACCCCUGACACUGGGGCUGUGGGUAGUCAGUCAGGCCCACUUCGACGCCCCUGUCUGGAAGUGUGGAGGAAAGGACCCCUCUGCAGCUCUACUGGUGCUGGACUGUAAUCUGGUGCUGGACUGUAAUCUGGUGCUGGACUGUAGUCUGGUGCUGGACUGUAAUCUGGUGCUGGACUGUAAUCUGGUGCUGGACUGUAGUCUGGUGCUGGACUGUAGUCUGGUGCUGGACUGUAAUCUGGUUCUGGACUGUAAUCUGGUGCUGGACUGUAGUCUGGUGCUGGACUGUAGUCUGGUGCUGGACUGUAAUCUGGUGCUGGACUGUAGUCUGGUGCUGGACUGUAGUCUGGUGCUGGACUGUAAUCUGGUGCUGGACUGUAAUCUGGUGCUGGACUGUAUUCUGGUGCUGGACUGUAAUCUGGUGCUGGACUGUAGUCUGGUGCUGGGCAGAUCACCUUCUCCCUUCCCUCCAUCACAAACCACGCCUCACAGAUCUCCUCUGCUUUUGUCUGCUUAUUUGAACAGACGUUGUGGACAUCCCGUUGUUUUGUUUCCCGUUAUGUACAAACGGAAUCCAAUCCAUACAGCAAACAUACAUCUCCGAGAUGACAAAACAGUUAUGUAUCAAUCAAAACAUAGGAUGUGGUGAAUUUAUUGUUUGGGUAAACAUGUUAGUCACUGAAGCUGAGAUGUGAUGAAUGUUUGUUUGACCUGGAAUCUUGACUGGCAUUUCCUGUAUGUCUGAAACGCCCCUUCUAAGGAAAAGAUCAAGCUGGAUCUUGACAUGUUUUUGUUAUAUGUGCACUUACGUAAUGACACAUACUUCCUGCAAAUUGUUUAUCUAUAUUAUUAUUAUAAAUAUUAAAAGCGACCUUAGAGUUAUAACCUGAGAUAGCAUCGACUUGAAAAAUGAGUUAACCCCAUCCUGCAGUAUCCACACAAACACUGUCUAACGUAGUAUUCUCAAACUGACCUGGGUGAUUUGGCACAAAUUCAGUAAUCCUUGUUUACUAUUCAAACCACAAAAGCUUGAUAACAAUGUGACACGUUCUGAAAAGUUAGGAAUAUAUUAACUACUCAUAUUAAAACCACUUCACAUGCUCAGUGCUUAGUCCAAUACGCCUGUUUUCGACUAGGUUUGCUCAAAAUGGCAGUGCAGCUUGUUGAACAGUGGUAGUAAUUACAACAAUUACCUUGAACCUUUAUGCUCAUUUAUGUAGUGAUGCUUUCCUUUUGGUAAUCUGCUCGCUUGUGGUACAUGUACUGAAGUUAAUGUCAUACAAUUGUAUGGUAGUGUUGCUGUUAUAUUGUUAUCAUAUUACACCGCUGAUAGAAAAGUGUGACAGUCACUUUUUUAUAAACAAAUGGAGGGUGUGCAUGAAGGAACAGAUGACUGACACCAAAACAAUAAAUGUAUGGAUACGCAUCCAGAUAUAUUGGACACUG